AGCAUCUUCGGGGUUUUACUAUUUCUGCCUGCAAAGUUCAAACUAAAGCUCAGGCAUUCUGCUCCAUUCCACGCCCCCCUCCCGGCGUGGCCCCCAACUCCCUCUCUCUCUCUCUCUCUCUCUCUCUCGGAGACACAAUGAAGGUCAAAGUAAUCUCACGCUCCACGGACGAAUUCACUCGAGAACGAAGCAAAGAUCUCCAGAGAGUGUUCCGGAACUAUGACCCGAACCUUCGGCCCCAAGAAAAGGCGGUGGAGUACGUGCGAGCUCUUAACGCUGCGAAAUUAGACAAGAUUUUUGCAAGGCCGUUUAUUGGAGCAAUGGACGGGCAUAUAGAUGCAAUUUCGUGUAUGGCAAAGAACCCGAAUAAUUUGAAAGGAAUAUUUUCUGGCUCAAUGGAUGGAGAUAUUCGCCUAUGGGAUAUUGCUUCCAGGCGAACAGUUUCUCAAUUUCUUGGUCACCAAGGUGCAGUACGAGGUCUGACAGCAUCUACAGAUGGACGUGUUCUUGUAUCAUGUGGCACUGAUUGCACUGUCAGGCUUUGGAAUGUACCUGUUGCCACUCUUAAGGAGUCAUAUGAAUCUUCUGAUAACUCUGUCAAGCCACUGGAAGUUUAUGUUUGGAAGAAUGCAUUUUGGGCUGUUGAUCACCAAUGGGAUGGGGGUUACUUUGCCACAGCUGGUGCUCAAGUGGAUAUAUGGAACCACAAUAGGUCUCAGCCUGUAAGGAGUUUUGAAUGGGGAACUGACACUGUGAUAUCUGUUCGAUUCAAUCCUGGAGAACCAAAUCUCUUGGCAACAUCAGCUAGUGAUCGCAGCAUAACACUCUACGAUUUGCGCAUGUCAUCCCCAACGAGGAAAUUAAUUAUGCAGACAAAAACUAAUUCUAUUUGUUGGAACCCAAUGGAGCCAAUGAACUUCACAGCUGCUAAUGAGGACAGCAACUGUUAUAGCUAUGAUGCUAGGAAACUUGAUGAAGCCAGAAUGGUUCACAAAGAUCAUGUUUCUGCAGUGAUGGAUAUAGAUUACUCACCAACUGGUCGAGAAUUUGUUACUGGAUCUUAUGAUAGAACAGUGAGAAUAUUCCAGUUUAAUGGUGGCCACAGCAGGGAAAUCUAUCACACACAGAGGAUGCAGAGGGUAUUCUGUGUCAAGUUUAGCUGCGAUGCAAGUUAUAUUAUUUCCGGGAGUGAUGAUACCAACCUCAGGCUUUGGAAGGCUAAAGCAUCAGAACAAAUGGGAGUACUUCUCCCAAGGGAAAGGAAAAAGCAUGACUAUCACGAGGCUGUCAAGAAUCGCUACAAACACCUCCCCGAGGUCAAGCGUAUUUUGAGGCAUAGGCACUUACCAUUACCAAUAUACAAGGCUGCUGCUCUGAGGCGCACCAUGACUGAAGCUGCUAGGAAGAAAGAAGAGAGAAGAAAAGCUCACAGUGCUCCUGGAAGCAUUUCAACGCGACCAUUACGUAAAAGAAGAAUCAUCACAGAAGUUGAGUAAAUAUUUAUGCGAAAGGUGCAUUUGGGUAGCGUGCUUGCUCGUAUAUGGUUAUCUCUGGUUGGAUUCUCAAUCGAAAAAAGUGGGUUUGAUUUCCAUUGGAAGGUUUCCUCUUCAGCUCAAGACUUGGUUCCAUGGGUUGCGUAAACCUUCAAAUUCCCAAUUCUGUUGCCUACCGUGAUCCAAAGGAAGAAAGACUUUCAAGGCCUUCACAUGUAACAGUUUUGAUAGAUCCGGUAAAGUGAUAAUGUAUAAUGUGCAAAAUUCAGUUUAAUUGUCAAUGGGGAGGAAAAUUGCUGC